UUACCUUGAACGCCGACACUGAUGCAACUGCAGUUCCCUUCAACAGACUCUUUCUUCAAACCGAGGUGUAUGGCGAAUGAUGACAGUGCUCUAGUAGACGUUCGCGACGCAUACUCCAGGCUAACUCAUCCUCAGCUCGUCCUCUUUUGUUCUGUCCGCUCCUUGCCCAUCUCAGGAUCUCCUGAGGACUUGGCGCUACGAUUGGCUCACCAUGAUCUCAAUAUCUACCCGUUUCCUUCAGCUCCCAAAGGAACUUCUGUCAAUGGGACAUCACAUCCAGGACCUACGAAACCACGAACACGACAAGUGAAAGCCCCUGAUCUACCUGUCGAGAUACUCGCCGAAAUCAUGGACCACAUCGGAGACUGGGAGCUGGCGAAGGCAGUCGGCGUCCCAACAUCAACACCACAACCUGUAACGUGGACCCGAGCUAGUCAAGCCGACCAUGCCAUCUUGACCGGAUAUCUGCCUCUGCUGCGAGCUGCAGAUCCAUCAUCGCAUCCUCCUACGAAGGUCGGAGCGAUAGUGGCGGUUCGUUUUGGUUAUGUCAAUGUGCUUGAUUAUCUCCUUACACAUCAUGCUUCCCUCUUCCGUUCACUCUUUGAAGAUGGCACCAUACCUCUUAUUGCUUCACAUCAUGGCCGAGUUUCCGUUCUCUCAUGGUGGAAAAAUGCUCAAGAACAACAUCCAGAUAUCCUCCCACCUCUUUCAGCGGAUGAGACAGCGGAGGCAAUUGAUGGGGCUUCUCGAAAUGGCCAGGUAGCAUCAUUGGAUUGGUGGCUACUUUCUGGACUUCCUCUGCAUUAUACCGAGAUCGCUCUAGAAAUGGCUAGCGCUAAAAGGCAUAUAGAUGUCUUGGAGUGGUGGAAAGAACAGAAUAAAAAACGACAUCUUCCAUUGAAGAUAGGUCGUGUCAUGGACAUGGCUAGCAUAGCUGGCCAUGUCGAUGUAUUGGAAUGGUGGGCGAGAUCACAACUUGAUUUCAAGUAUGAUCGACAGGCUAUGUAUCACGCAAGCUGUCAUAGCAAGGUUGAUGUGCUUCAAUGGUGGCAGCAAAGUGGACUACAACUUAUCUUCGAUCACGAUUGCUUGGUCGGUGCUACUCGGCAUAACCGACCGGAUGCUCUCGAAUGGUGGGACAAGAGCCAAUUGCCUAUCCAAUACCGAAUGUGCGAUAUCGAGGAGGCACUGGAAGAUGCCAUAGGCGGAGGUGAAGCCGCGAGAGAGUGGUGGAAGAAGAAAGGUGUGGACUUUAAUGCCAAUGAUACGGAGUGGAUGAAAUAUCAGAAUCUCAACUGACUCUCGGCAUCGUGCACGGUAAAUACUAUUUUCGAUUUCUUUAGCUAGAUGUUUUCAGUUUGCCAUCAUUGUUCUGUCAUGUCAAUUUCCACCUGCCUUCUGCUCGUUCGCAUCAUGUUGCAUACCAUUCGUCCGCAUUGUAUACUAGACUCAUCAUUGCUACCGUAUAACAUUUCUGAACAUUGCACACUUUCCCAGUUACGUCGGCCGCGUAGAUACAACAAUACGGCGAGCCUUUCGACGUGUUCCGGAUACCCUAUAUGACUUUCUAGUGACGC